CAUCUUUGUUGGUUUGGGUCCGUUGUUGUCCAAUGAACGGUUGAGUACGUGACUACGCAACGCAACUUCAAUACAAUUUCCCCAAAUCUUCAAAUUACUUCACCCUUCUACGCAUACAUCCGACGGGGAAAAGGUUUAUACACAAAAAGAUUCAGCUUUUCAUUGGAAAACAUAAAAGGGUUUUGCGAAUUUACACAAAUAAAAAGCUUCGAUCUUUUUCGCUCUAGGGUUGUAUCGUCAUCGCUUUCGAAUUUUUAUCGAGAUCGAAUUCCUCACUAUUUUUGUUCGAUUUGAUUCACAUUAGGGUUCAUUCCAUUCCAUUCCAUUCGAAUUCUUUUAUUGGUUUCGAAUUUCUUCUGUGCAUGAGAUUGCUUUCGGGCUUUUGAUGUAAAACAUUUGCUCUUGGAGAGAAGUCCAGCCUGAGCUCUAAUAGAGUUUUGCUACCGAUCUUUCCAUCUUCGGUCAGACAUAACUUUUUGUUGUAAUUUAGAGCUGAGGGUCCUACGAAAGUUGCUCGAUCUGAGUUUUUUGUAUCUGUAUUUAAUUUUAACCUCCCAUUCCUGGGGUAAAACUCGGAAAUUUAGCUUAAUUUGAUUACAAGCGGAAAAGAGAAUGUCUGCUUCAGGAAUGGAUUAUGGCCGGGAAGGUGGUGGUGCAGGAACAAUUUUAACACCAGCGAGAUUUGUGUGGCCUUAUGGGGGAAGAAGUGUAUACUUAAGCGGUUCUUUUACAGGGUGGUCCGAGCACUGGCCAAUGACCCCCGUUGAGGGAUGCCCUACUGUGUUUCAAACCAUAUGCAGCUUACCACCUGGUUACCAUCAGUAUAAAUUCAUUGUUGAUGGUGAAUGGAGGCAUGAUGAACACCAACCUUUUGUAACUGGUAAUUAUGGUGUUAGAGUGGUUAGGGUUUCAGAUUGUACAUCACAUGACCUGUUGACAAGGAUAUCAGAUGCUGACCUGGCAGUAUCCCGUCAAAGGAUUUCUGUAUUCCUGUCUACACAUAUGGCAUAUGAGCUGCUCCCUGAAUCUGGCAAGGUUAUUGCCUUAGAUGUUGAAUUGCCUGUAAAGCAAGCAUUUCAUAUCCUUUUUGAGCAGGGAAUUUCAACAGCUCCUCUUUGGGACUUCAGCAAGGGUCAGUUUGUUGGUGUUUUAAGUGCACUGGAUUUUAUUUUAAUUAUGCGAGAGCUUGGUAAUCAUGGAUCCAAUCUAACAGAGGAAGAACUCGAGACACAUACAAUAUCUGCUUGGAAAGAAGCAAAGUUAUAUCUAAGCAAACAAACUAUCGAUCAGGGUAAAAUAUUUUCUAAAAGACUAGUUCGGGUGGGACCCGAUGAAAACUUAAAAGAUGUGACAUUAAAGAUACUGCAAAAUCGUGUAGCUACAGUUCCUGUAACUCAUUCAUUCUCAGAUGAUGGUUCUUAUCCACAACUAUUAUAUCUUGCUUCACUUUCUGAAAUAUUAAAACUUGUUUGCAGAUACUUUAGACAUUCUACAAGCUCAUUGCCUAUAUUGCAACUUCCAAUUUGUACACUUCCUUUAGGAACAUGGGUUCCAAAAAUUGGAGAAACAAAUAGACAACCAUUAGCAAUUUUGAAACCGAAUUCUUCUCUAAGUUCAGCACUAAAUUUGUUUGUGCAAGCUGAAGUUAGCUCGAUUCCUAUUGUUGAUGAUAAUGACUCGUUGUUGGAUGUAUACUCUCGAAGUGAUAUUACUGCUUUGGCAAAAGAUAAAAUUUAUACGCAUAUUAACCUUGAAGAAAUGACUAUUCAUCAGGCUUUGCAGCUGGGACAAGAACCGUAUGCUUCUCAUGGAGGGACCCCACAAAGAUGCCACAUGUGUCUACGCUCAGAUUCUCUGCAUAAAGUCAUGGAAAGAUUAGCAAAACCAGGGGUAAGACGGGUUGUGAUUGUGGAGGCUGGAAGCAAGCGGGUAGAAGGUAUCAUUUCGCUAGGCGACAUAUUCAAGUUCCUGCUAAGCUAAUGGAUACAACAGUAACAGUAUCAGUAUCAGUAUCAGUAUCAACAAAAGUAACAGUAAUUGUUUCACAAUUCUUUGAAGCAUAUGAUUGCGAUUUGGCCUCGGGUUUUGAUAAGGUGUAUUAGUGUAAAGAGCAAAGGCAUGUAAAUCUUGAUUGUGUUUUAUAUGUGAUUCGACUCAAGCCUAUGUGCUCUUGUUGUUUUGCCACGUGGCAACUAGUUUUAUUUGACUUUUUUUUUUUUGAAUUGUGGUUUUUGAAUGGUGUUUGUAUUUUAAUUAUUGUAGUAUUUAUAAGUUAUAACAGUUAUUCAAUGGUUGAUUUUAGGUAUAAAUAAUAAAAGGAAAGAUUGGUGGUGUUGUGAAAUA